AUGACAACGGGUUCUACGCGCCAGACGCGGAGUUCAACUCGUCGUCAACAACUCACGCCACCAACCACCACUGCAAACCCGGAGCAUAUACCAGAUACUUCCUCUGACAAACCGCCCAUUGAAUGGCUUUCUUCGGUUCUUACACACUCUACCCGUGUUUUACGCAACCAGCGUGAUCCCGUUAUGGUCAAGCGCACCUGGCUCUCCUCCCACACUGUGCCUCUCCCUCAAGGGACAGCGACUUAUACCCUCAACCCCGUGGACGCAACCUUUAUCUUUGCCCAAGAACAAGCUGGUACUGCCGUCUGUAUAUCACCGGAUGGCGUUCUCCUAACUUGUUCACAUUGCGUCGCCGAGUCCGCCUCAGAACUCACGCAAAACUCCAACCAUAUGCUCCUCUCCUCCAAAGGCGCCAUAGUAUCAGCUCGAGUAAUGGCCUGGGAUCCAACACGAGAUCUCGCCCUCCUCAUGAUCACAGAAGCCGAACUUCCCCAUAGACCAUUCCCCUACGUGCAUCUCGCCGCGGGUCCCCCAAAGGCACAUACUCGGCUCAUUUGUGUGGGUCACCCAGGUUCUGAAGACCUCGAGGCAGAGCGUCGAGGCGUGCCGACAGAGUAUGACACACUAGUCCUCAGCGAGGGCAAAUUCCACGGUCUAGCCGCAGGCCAGGAUCCGCAAAAUAAUAGUGAUAUGGGAGCUCUGAAGCACUCGUGCUGGACGUACUGGGGACACAGCGGCGCGGGACUGUUUGACAGGAGGACUGGAGCGUUGGUGGGACUUCACUCGAGUUGGGAUGAAGACACAGGUAUGAGGAGGGGGGUUCCUUUUGAAGCUGUCGAGGCCUUUCUUGAGGAGUUUGAUGGGAGGGGAGGUCAAGGUAUGGGUGAAGGAUGGAAGUGGUUUGUAAGGGAAGAGAGUUGA